CACAACGACAAUAUUUAACUUGGCCUCCUGACGGCAGCUCAUUUGAGUUUCACACGCCGACUAGCAGUGGAGGAGGAGGUGGUGGUGGCUUAUAAGGUGGAGGAGCUGAAUCAGAAUCAUCAUCAGAACAAGAAUCACAAUCUGAGACCAGAAGGGCGGACACAUGUUGUCAUGUUGACAGAAGCGAGGGAGUGGGAAUUCAGAGGCCGUCAGCGGUUGCCAGUGAUGUUUUGGAUGUUUCCGAUGUGGCUGCUGUGGUCGGUGCUUCUGCUGCCUGGGCAGGUGUUGCUCGGCAAUGCCGCCUCGGUCACCUGGGGACAUGUCAACAAAUACGCCAGUGUGCUGCACACCGAAGAUGUUUACCUAACGCCGAGUACCCCGGGCCAAGAUCUCGUCUACGGCUCGCAGAAUGCCAGCGAUAACUACCGAAUUACGGGCAUACAUGUUGAGGAUCUGGACGGAGGAGCCGAGGCUCAUCUCACCGCAGGCGGCAUUGGCCAGCAGUUUGUGGUCCUUCAUUGCAGGAGGCUUCAGGGUUCCAAGGAGGAGAAACCUGAACAACCAGCUCAUCUCGAGGUGUCCCUCUAUGGAGUGGAGCUAUAAGGUGUCUCUGUUAUCUUAUUGGAGUAAGCUCUUUAGAAGUUGUAAAUACUAAUUAACAAAGAACUUUCAGCUGUGCAAGCUAAGGUGCAAAAAAUUCUAUAUUCAAAGUGUUAUUUAAAAGAAUCAUUUUAAAUUUCUUUCAUUUUUUUAAUAUUUUUACAAAAAAAAAAAAGGAUUUUUAUUUAAUUUGAAGUUUUAUAUUUAAUAG